AUGCCUAAGGCAGUAAAAUACUGUAUACCAUUGCCGCUGGAUAAACUCUGCGGCGCAUCUCCGCCCCGUGAGUUCAACGCUCAGGCUUCACUUGAGCUCGAUCGACAUGUCGCUCAAAGCAUACCCCCCGGGCAUCCGGAAAGUCUAGAAGACAACGCUUUGUCACAGUUUUCGAGUGAUAAUAUUACGUGGAAGUGGGCUAAUCCUAGGCUUCUGGAGGCUGAUAAACAGGAGUACCACAAGCAGGAGAACAAUAGCCAGACUAUCCUAUAA